UUGUAUUCAGAAUUCUUAAACAGAAUAACAAGCCACUGUUCAUAGAGGUUAUUCUGUGGGGGAAAAUAACUAAAUCCCUGCUUUGUUUUCUGUUGUAGGCAGUGGCCACAACUGAGGAGCCUGAUGUGCACCGUAGGUGUGAAAGCCAGGCUGGCAGCAGCCUCGGAGAUGAAGAUACGCGUCUGGGGCCUGUGGACACGGAUGUGCAUGUGGGUUUGAACCCAGCUGCCUUGUGGCCACGGGCUCCCAGCCCCGAGAACAUGACAACAGCCCAGAACGGCCAUGGGCGACUUGCCGCUAUCCCAUGUUCUGUCUCUGAUCCCAAAGACCCCAAAAUGGUGACUUACCCAGCAUGUCAGAAUGGAGGCUGCAGCAGCAGCUACUGCGGGGAGGUGGAAGCCCAGGAGGCCAGACUCAGCCCUGCCAAGCUCAUGCGCCUCUUCUCCGUGAGUAGGAAGAGGACCAGCACCAACCCGGAGAGGCCCCGCUCCAUGGUCCUGAUGGGAAAUUCCUCCACCUGGAAUGCCCUUGCCUCCUUUCGGAAAAUGGGAUCUUUCAAAAAACUGAAGUCCUCCGUCCUUCAAGGAAUUCAGAACCGAGAGGGGUCAGAUGCGGCAAAGGAAGACCCCCCGGAACGUGAUCCAGGGAAACCCAUCCCAAACGGUGCUGCAGUCGGAAUGCAAACCAGCAGGUACCCCUCCUCGGGACCAGCAAGUGACGCCCCGAAGGCAGGGCCAGGGGGCGCGUCGGACUGCUCCGACCCCGAGGAGGCCGACGACGCCUUCCAGAGGAGCACCCAUCGGUCCCGCAGCAUCCGCCGCGCCUAUGGACUGGGCCGCAUCAGCCUCCUGGAUUACGAGAAGCAUCAAGGGUCCCAGAACCACGUUCGGCCGCUGGCCUCUGUCACCCAGGAGCCCACCGCGUGUGAGAUCCUAGUGAAGGACUCCGAGAACAAUAGCAUCAUCUACAGGAAAAGCAAGAGCACGGAUAACUUGAACUUUCUGAAGAAGAGCUCCUUCAAACGGAAGUCCACUUCAAAUCUCACGGACCUCAAGGGGGCGCCUGAAAAGCCAGCGCCCCGACGGACGCUAAGCAGUUCAUCUGCCGACUCGGAAAAGUUCGGUGGGUCCGAGAGGAGAACGAAACGCUGGAAGAGCCCACUGCGGGCCAAGGACUUUGACAGAGUCCUGAGGUUUGUGAGCAGCGCCACCGACGCGGCCUGGAGGAGAGAGAGCCCCAGGAGCGGGGCGCCCUCGCCCGGCGAGGCGAGCCAGAGGCUGCAGGUGCACAGCCGGCUGCACGACGCCUACUCCCGCCGCGUGUCCACCAGCGCUGAGCGCGAGUGGAGGAGGUGCACAGGUGCGCACGCCGGCUCGGGGUGCGGCCCGGCUGGGGCUCCGAGCCCCCAGGUGGACGUGGACACGGCCGUCUUUCCAAUGGAAGCCACAGGCUGCGGGGCGCCCGGAAGUGCCUGUCCUUGCACUGGCAGCUCCUCAGCGAGUCCGGUUGCCCAGGACUCCGACGAACGCCAAGCUGGCAGCCAGUUUACUUUCGAACCCGAGCAGCCGCUCACCCCCGCAAGGCCUACCACACCCAAGCCCCCUAGCCCUCAGAGCCCAGGCGCGGAAAAUGCCACGUGUCCCAGCAGCCUCAGUGCGCUGUCCCUCAGUUCAGUGGACAGUGAAGAAAGGGCAGAGGGGCCUGUGACCUCCCAGGAUUCUGUGCAAGCCGCGUGUGACAAAGGCAGUGAGAACGGCGUCAGCAGCCACCCUCAGCUGAGCCCCCACCUGGCGUCGGGUCCAGAGGAAAGGAGGGAGGAGGUAAGGGUUGUGACAGAGGAAUCCUGGAGGCGGGACUCAUCCCGGGAUGAAGAAAGGACGGAGUCUCAGAGGAUCACCAGGAGGAAAUGGGGUUCUGGGAGGAGAUCAAGGCCCCGACCGCUCUCUGACUAUGGCCAGCUGGCCACCCGGAGUCUGUCUAUUCCCGAAGACUCAGUUGCUGUGGACCCCCAGAAAGAGGACACCGUGGAGGGAGAUCGCCAGCCAAACACGGCCUCUGCAGACGCUGCAGACCAGAACCCUGCCAUGGGCUCCCCCAAAGGAAGCUGGAGAAGACGCCCCAUCUCCGUGAUAGGCGGGCUCAGCUUCUAUGGGAACAGCCCGACAGAGGAAAUAGAGAGUCUUCUAACCCGACCGGCAGCCAGGCCUCCUGUGCCCGCUCACCAGGUGCUGCCCUACAAGGCGGUUUCGGCCCGGUUCCGGCCCUUCACCUUCUCCCAGAGCACCCCCAUUGGGCUGGACCGAGUGGGACGCCGGCGGCAGAUGCGAGCAUCCAAUGUUUCUUCAGAUGGAGGUGCAGAGUCUGCGGCCUUAGUGGAUGACAACGGCAGUGAGGAGGACUAUAGCUAUGAAGACCUGUGCCAGGCCAACCCCAGAUACCUACAGCCGGGUGGGGAGCAGCUGGCCAUCAACGAGCUGAUCGGUGAUGGCAGUGUGGUCUGUGCAGAAGCCCUGUGGGACCACGUGACCAUGGAUGACCAGGAACUGGGCUUCAAGGCAGGAGAUGUCAUCCAGGUUCUGGAAGCCUCUAACAAGGACUGGUGGUGGGGCCGGAAUGAGGACAAGGAAGCCUGGUUCCCCGCAAGCUUUGUCAGAUUGCGUGUCAAUCAGGAAGAACUGUCGGAGAAUUCCAGCAGCACCCAGGGCGAGGAGCAGGAGGAGGAUGCCAGCAAGAACCGCCACAAACACUUGGAGAGCAAGCACCAGAUGAGGACCAAUGUCAUCCAGGAGAUCAUGAACACUGAGCGGGUGUACAUCAAGCACCUCAAGGACAUCUGUGAGGGCUAUAUUCGACAGUGUCGCAAGCACACGGGAAUGUUCACUGUUGCACAACUAGCCACCAUUUUUGGAAACAUUGAAGAUAUUUACAAAUUCCAAAGAAAGUUCCUGAAAGACCUUGAGAAACAAUACAAUAAAGAGGAACCUCAUUUAAGUGAAAUAGGAUCCUGCUUUCUUCAACAUCAAGAGGGCUUUGCCAUCUAUUCCGAGUACUGUAACAACCAUCCGGGCGCCUGCGCCGAGCUGUCCAACCUGAUGAAGCAGGGCAGGUACAGACACUUCUUUGAAGCUUGCCGCCUGCUCCAGCAGAUGAUCGACAUCGCCAUCGACGGCUUCCUGCUCACCCCAGUGCAGAAGAUCUGCAAGUACCCCCUGCAGCUGGCCGAGCUGCUCAAGUACACCACGCAGGAGCACAGUGACUACAGCAACAUAAAGGCAGCCUAUGAAGCCAUGAAGAACGUAGCCUGUCUGAUCAAUGAGCGCAAGCGCAGGCUGGAAAGCAUAGACAAGAUAGCACGGUGGCAGGUGUCCAUCGUUGGCUGGGAGGGGCUGGAUAUCCUAGACCGAAGUUCCGAACUGAUCCAUUCUGGGGAACUGACCAAAAUCACCAAGCAUGGCAAGAGCCAGCAGCGGACGUUCUUCCUGUUUGACCACCAGCUGGUGUCCUGCAAGAAGGACCUGCUGCGCAGGGACGUGCUCUACUACAGAGGCCGCACGGACAUGGAUGAGGUGCAGCUCGUGGACCUGGAGGACGGACGGGACAAGGACUGGAACCUCAACGUGAAGAACGCUUUCAAGCUUGUCAGCAAAACCACUGACGAAGUUCAUCUGUUUUGUGCCAAAAAGCAAGAGGACAAGGCGCGGUGGCUGCAGGCCUGCGGGGAUGAGAGGCGGCGCGUGCAGGAGGACCGCGAGAUGGGAAUGGAAAUUUCAGAAAAUCAAAAGAAACUCGCCAUGUUAAAUGCUCAAAAGGCAGGACACGGAAAGUCAAAAGGCUACAGCGGAUGCCCCGUGGCCCCGCCGCACCAGAGCCUGCACCCCCUUCACCAGCGCCACGUCACCGUGCCCACCAGCGUCCCCCAGCAGCAGGUGUUUGCCCUGGCCGAGCCCAAGAGGAAGCCGUCGCUCUUCUGGCACACGUUCAACAAACUCACCCCUUUCAAGAAAUGAAAACGGGAGGCCAUGUGUUGGCUGAGGUGUCUGUAAAGAGGAGAACCAUUUCUGUGUGUUCAACCCAGUGCUGAAAACUUCCUUUGGGGAUGGGUGAAGAAUAGAAGGUCUUGGACGUGACCGAGGUGCCUCUGAAGACCCAGCUCCUUGGAAGGGAGAUGGAGGUCAUGACGCAUGGCCCUGACGUCCACGAGACCCCUCUGGGACCUGUGCCAAGGUGGCUGGGCCGCAGGAGCCCGUGACCUGCUCUGCGGUGAAACUGAGCUGUGACCCCAGUGGGCAUCGCUGAUCACGGGCGCGCUCCCUGCUGCCAUUCCUGAGGAGGGCCUCGAUUACAGUGCCACUUUGGCAUGUGGAUUCCCAGGGGACAGUCGUGAUGGGGUUGGUACGGUAGCGUCUCGCCAGCACGGGAAGCUGUAGCUGUCUUCCACAGUAUUAGGCAACGUAGCGCCGCAGAGCAGAUGGCCGUGGCGUCCCCUGGUG